GACUCGUGUGGUCGUCGAAGUUUGUCAUACAAGCCUUUCUACGUCGAUGUCAAACGUCAAAACAAAAACAAACAAACUGUCACUUCGGUUUCGCGUUCUUCGCGUUCAAACGUAGGUGUUGAGCAAUUUUGAGGCAGUUUUGAGAUUUGCUUGCCCUUAUUGUAAAAUAUGCUCAGCCCCAGGACAAUGUCACUACGAGCAAAAAACCGGGCUCUUCUAAAAGCCCUAGACCAGUACACUGACAUAAUCAGUGAUCAUACUUCUAGUGCGCACGGGGUUAAUUUUGAAGAUGAAAAAUUCGUUGGCAGUGCCGAAAGUCAUCGUGCCCAUCAUGUAGCUCCUUCAGAAUUCAUUUCAAGUUUCCACAAACAUCUUUCUGCAGAAGACUUGAGGCCGAGAAAGCCAUUGCAGUGGCGAAACAGCUACAUCCCACUUCAUAAGUCUGAGACCUACAUUAAUUUUGAUGGAAACAGACAUGUCAAUAGUCUGUUGUCAAACGUAGAUGUUAAAGAUAAAAAUUAUCCUCUGGUUCAAAAUGAAAAAUAUAUGAAAGUUUCUUCUCCAUUAAGACCUUCUGCAUUAGGCUCAACUGGUGACUUGCAAGCUAUAGUUCAUGAAAUUAUCUCAGAAAUGAAAGAAGCAAAACCACUCAAGACAAGUCUCACCUUAACAAGAAAGAGCAGUGGAAGUAGAAAUUCUUCAACAUCACUCAUGAAAUCUGUUCGGGGGAAGUCCAUCUCACUCCAACAACAACGUGCUGCCGAAGCCCAAAUGCAUGCUCCAACACACUCUCAUUUACUGUCAAAGUGCUCCUGCACAGACUUUGGAAAGGUCAGAGCCAAUCCAGACAGUAAAUACGUUGUGCAGCUUUAUGGCCACAAACAGCGUAUACCGUUCAGGUUAAAAAGACAGCGAUACAGAGCUGAUUCCGUUUCCAGACCCCCGAGAACAGUGAAAUGGGCCGAUACUGAUCCCCCUAUUAUGUCGCCAACCAACGUAAAAGUAGGUGGUUUUACAUCUCUAACACAACCACAUGAAGACUUUAAGGCUGGUGGAGAUUUUUCUGAGAAUCAUGAAAGAAACUCCGGGCAGGUUCAUUCUGACUGUCGGGAAUCCCAGAGCAGUUUUAUAGAUAGGGUUCGGACAUUUCGCGAGUCUCAUUGGGAAGAUUGUCAUGCUUCCCCAAGAGGAGCAACAACUUCUGAACAUGACUGUGUCCACCACUAUAUCCUUAACAGGCGUCUAUUUCUGGAGCCUGUGCACACAAUAAAUGGCGAAAGCAGCUGCCCUGUGUGCUCACUGACUUCAAAUCAACCUGAACGACUACAUGGCCACAACACAAGAUUAAAUUAUCUUGCAAGCCAGCCGAGUAAAAUCUUGGUCACUUUGCCAACAGUACUACUUGAAGAUAGCCGUUCUCCCUCCAAAUCAAAUGUAGAUGCAUCGGCCAUCAGGCAAGAAAUGCGAAAAAAAGAACGACGGAACCACGUCUAAGGUCAGCGCCCUGCUUCGAAAAAAAGGACGACGAGGUGCGACAACAUGCCCGUGAUAACUGGGACUCCUGCCGGCCGGUCUACCGGUCUGGUCUAGUGGCGUAGCGCUAAGUCGCGAAGCAAAGUAGGCAGUUCAGGAUGCACGCACUGCCGAAGGCGGGGGGAGGGGGAGUCCGCUGAUUGCUUAUUCCGAGAGUCGCUUUCUUCGCUCUGUCUCUCUUGAAAUCAUAGGCGCCCUGCAUAGGUGCAAGAGAGACAGAGAGACUUUCGGAAUCAGCCUGCUGCGGUGCAGGCCAGUGGCGCGUGUGGUCCGGUUCCCCGACUAAGUGACCGCUCUUUUCUCAUUGGUGUUCGUAGGGUCCUUGCAGCAAGCCGAGGGACUUCCCUCUUGACGCUGGGGCUGCUGCGGCGGGGGAAUGCCCAGGAGGCCCUCGCCGAGGCUUGCCACCGUGCUUGUCACAGCGCGAUGGGAAGACAAAGCGGUUCCGGGGAAAGGUUGCCUAGGUUACCGGCGGUUACCGGGCGCGGUGCGCUAUCGCCCUGCUACGCCGCUACCGCCGCGGCACAGCAAGCUUAACGCUUCACUAACGCCGCCACGCCGCGGCGGCCGCGUUUUUUUUUUACGACCGAAACGCCCUUCCCCGCGCCUCGCCGCCACGCCGCCUCGGCCCACGCGAGCUGCACGACAUGCAACCGGCCAUUAAAAGAGAAGUCAGAGUGGGCAUUACGCGGAUGUGUACGCCAUCGGCCAUCGUGUCAAAGGGCAGGGCGGCGGGGCGGCCCGACCUCGCGGACUUGCAGCACCCGGUGUCGGCAGGGUUGCCUACUCCAGCCUGCCCGCCCUGCCCGCCGAGCGAACGCUGGGGCUGCAGAAGGUGUAGCCGGUCGUCCUGUCCGGGGAGUGCGUGGGCGUGCCUCGGGGCGUGCGGUGGAGGGCAGGGGCAGGCCUGGGGCUGCCUGGGACAGGGGGACAGGGCCACGGCUUGGCGCUGGGCGGGCUGCGCGGGCUGCGCGGUGCCGCCGUGCCGGUACUGGUUUCUUGUAAUGACUCCGCAUUGCGAUUCGCACCGCGUCCCGAAGCCGAGGCGAAGGCGGACCGCGAACUCAUUCUCGGCUGUCACUCGCGUCUAGUCUCUCGUACAAAGUAGUGCCGCGGGAAAGGGAGCGAACCGUAUCAUUCUGUCAACCAGACAGAUUCAUUCAAUUAUUUUGAUGUAAUUAGUUUUUACUGCCAUAUGUCUGUUUUUAUCAUUAUUAAGUCUAUCAGAAAUGUAUUAUCACAGUGUUGAGAUUUUAGUUAGUUUAUGUGACAAGUGGGGGUGAAAAAAAAAUGUGUUGAAAAGCCAAGCUUUGAAAAUGUAAUCACUUUGUUGCUUGUUUGCUUCUGUUUUACGUGUGUACUGUGAAUUUUAAAAAAUAAUAAAAUUUUCGAAGUCGUUA